AUGGCCCAUUACAAAGCCGCCAACUCCAACCGGGAGCAGUUCCGGAGGGACUUGGAGAAGUCGGGGGUACUGGACACACUCAUGAAAGUGCUGGUGGCCUUAUAUGAAGAACCGGAGAAACCCACGAGUGCUUUGGAUUUUUUAAAGCAUCACUUAGGGGCCGCUACUCCAGAAAAUCCAGAAAUAGAGCUGCUUCGCCUAGAAUUGGCAGAAAUGAAGGAGAAAUAUGAAGCUGCUGUAAAAGAAAAUAAAAAACUGAAAUCAAAGCUUGCUCGGUAUGAACCACCUCAGGAGAAGCGUGCUGAAUAAGAUUCUUCUCAGUUGCAAGGACACUGAAAAAUGGU